GUUUACAACUUACAGUGCAGUCCCCUCUGCAUCACACUUCCUCGUUAAUAAAAGAACCUCCUAACUGUUGAGUUACGCCUUUACCCUCAAUAGAUAAGACACUAAACAUUUGGAAUGGCCUAACAUGCGUCGCGUUGUUGUGACUGGCCUCGGCGCCAUCACCCCGCUCGGCAUGGGCAUCCGCCGCACCUGGCAGCGUCUGCUUGCCUCCGAGUCCGGGUUGGUCAGUGUCGCCGAGCGCGGCAGAGACGCUCUUGAGCAAUCCCGAUGGCGUGAAUUGACCAGCACCGUGGCCGGCGUUGUGCCCACCAAAUCAGAUGAUGGUCGCGACGGGGUCGAUGAAGGCAUCUGGCGACCGUCGGAUUGGCUUGACGCCGCUGACCAGCGCCGCAUGUCCACCUUUGCGCAGUACGCCGUCGCCGUGGCCGAGAUGGCAUUGCGAGAUGCUGGGUGGAAGCCUAUGGGCCCUAAGGAGCAAGAGAUGACCGGCGUGUGUCUGGGCAGUGGCAUCGGGAAUCUGGACGACUUCUACGCCACGAGUGUGGCCUUUGGGCAAGGGGGCUACAGAAAGGUCUCGCCACUGUUUGUGCCCAAGAUACUGAUCAACCUCGCCUCGGGACACGUUGCCAUGCGCUACGGGCUCCGGGGCCCAAACCAUGCGGCUACCACCGCCUGCACAACCGGCGCCCACUCGGUUGGGGAUGCCGCGCGGUUCAUUGCGUUUGGCGACGCCGAUGUCAUGGUGGCGGGCGGAGCCGAGUCCUGCAUUCAUCCGCUCACGCUUGCGGGGUUCGGACGCUCCAGGUCGCUGUCCACUGCGUUCAACCAUGACCCGCCAGCGAGCUGUCGUCCGUUCGAUGCUGAUCGCGCAGGGUUCGUGGUCGCCGAGGGCGCCGCUGUGCUUGUGCUCGAGGAGCUGGAGCAUGCCAAGCGCAGGGGAGCCAGGAUCCUGGCCGAGGUGAGAGGAUAUGGGUGUAGCGGCGAUGCGUACCACAUGACGGCGCCGAGAGAGGAUGGGUCGGGCGCCCUUUCCGCCAUGAAGAAGGCGUUGAAGAAUGCCGGGAUCAAGCCCGCGCAGGUGGAUUACAUCAACGCCCAUGCCACCGGCACCCAAGUCGGGGACGCUGCCGAGACGGCGGCCAUACGCUCCUUGAUGAUGGGUGAGGACGGAGUGGACGACGAGAGCAAGGUCACGGUAAGCAGCACCAAGGGCGCCAUUGGACAUCUCCUGGGGGCGGCGGGCGCCAUCGAAGCCGUGUUUUCCGUUCUUGCUAUCACCGAGAAUGCUGUCCCUCCUACGUUGAAUCUGCACAGGCCGGAUGUCGGCGCCGGGUUUAACUUCGUCCCGCUCCAGGCGCAACAGAAGAAGAUCAAGGUGGCCGUGUCCAACAGCUUCGGCUUUGGCGGCACCAACGCCUCGCUGGUCUUUUCCGAGCUGGAAUGAGAUCGCCGAGCCGGAACGAUCUGGGCGUAUUUCCCGGCUUGGUAGAUUGAGUAAGGGGUUUGUAUGUUAGUUGUAUAUGUGCUGUACAUAUUACCAUGUGAACGUAUCCUAUUGCAAUUGCAGC